UGAAUUGGGUGGCGGUUAUCCGAGGAGCCGCCCGUCCCUUAGCUGGAUCCGUGAGGUUUCCUGCGUCUGUGUUUUGGGACCUGCAGUUGCUAAGCCGGCAGUCGCUCGACGUACCCUGGCGCCAUGGCUCCCAAGAAACGCAGCAGCCGCGGUACCAAAACCAACACGCUGCGGAGCCGGAAGCUCGCCUCCUUCCUGAAGGACUUCGACCGCGAGGUGCAAGUUCGAAUGAAGCAAAUUGAGUCCGACAGACAGACCUUCCUCAAGGAGGUGGACAAUUUCUACAACAUCGAGAUCCUUCGGCUCCCCAAGGCGCUGCAAGAGAUGAAUUGGCUUGACUACUUCGCCCUAGGAGGAAACAAGCAGGCCCUGGAAGAGGCAGCCACAGCUGAUCAAGACAUCAGAGAAAUAAACAAUUUAACAGCUGAAGCUAUUCAGACACCUUUGAAAUCUGUUAAAAAGCGAAAGGUAAUCGAGGUGGAUGAAUCGAUAAAGGAAGAAGAAGAAGAUGAAGGAGAAAGAGGAGGAAGAAAAAGAAAGAGCCAGAAGAAUCUUCGAUCUGCAAAAGUCAAAAGAUGCCUUCCACCCAAGAAGCGAACCCAGUCCAUACAGGGAAGAGGCAGAAGCAAAAGGUUAAGCCAUAACUUUGUGACGCCAGCUAUGAGCAGGCUGGAGCCGUCUCUGGUGAAACCAACCCCAGGCAUGACACCUAGGUUUGAUUCCCAGGUUUUCAAAACUCCAGGUCUACGCUCUCCAGCAUCCAAAGAGCAGGUUUACAACAUCUCCAUCAAUGGCAGCCCUCUCACGCACAGCAAAGAGAUCUCCCUCAGUGUGCCCAUAGGUGGCGGUGCGAGCCUGCGCUUACUGGCCAGCGAACUGCAGAGGGUUGACAUUGCUCAGCUGAAUCCAGAGGCCCUGGGAAGCAUUAAGAAGCUCUCGAGCCGCCUUGCCCAGAUCUGCCGCAGCAUACCGACGGGCCGAUGAGAAGACAGCAGGGCACACAGGUGGCAGCAGGGACGAUGGUGGCAGACCACUGAGAUCUGUCCUUCUGUGGGCUGCUCCACCUGCCAGUACCUGCAAGGGUGCUUUGUUUUUCUCUGACGGCUGUGGCGUCGUGCUGCACACUUCUGGUUUGUGAGAAUUUAGACGGGGAACACAGGGCUAGUCAGGGUCUUUGUGUGCUUGGUGCGGAGUGACUGAGAACUGUCUAUGGCUCAAGGUCCCACGGGGCUAAACACUGCUGAGAGCCUUGUCCUAGAGGGCAAGUGUAACCUUCGCCCUGGGCCCCGGCGGGCUGUGAAGUCAGCAGUAGGGUAUGUGCUUGCAGGGCCAGGCACUCAGCUCCCCCUGUAAGGUUCUGUUAUUUCUGUCCUCGGUGAGUGGACAUGUUUCAAGUUGGUUUUCCUUUCCUGAAGCUUUUAUACACGUCACUUCCCACCUCAGCUGAUCUGUCCUCCUGAAAGCUUGCUGUUUUCAAUAAAUCUUAGUUUGCUCUAGUUUUUAAA